AUGAACGGCACAUCCGACUCGCCUCUUGCAGCCUCCCGAGAUCGUGCUGCCAACACCGCCACCACUCCUACACCUCCGGAUCCUCACAAGGCUGCCGCCCAAGACGCGUCGCCGCCUCCACAACCGCCAGCCAUCGACACCGAUCCUGCGCAUCUCCCCUCCGACGACCUUCUCAAACGCCAUCCGGACACCGCCAUCGCCGAGGGAACCGCCGCCGAGAUCGGUGCCAAGCAGAAAGAGUACCAGCGCAAGGCAAAGCAUCUCUCGCUCGCCAAGUCCCCCAAACCCGUCCCGCACGCGCGCCCCGGAGACUCGCCCAGCUUCCAGGCCGUGCUCAAGGACUUUGACCGCCUGCUCAGGUCGCUUCCCAUCCCGCUCCACCGCCUCGUUCCCACCAUCGUAGCUCGAAUCAUCUGCCGCGUAUUCCGCUCCCAGAACAUCAUGGCGUCCAACAUCGCGUUCGACAUCGCGCUCUUCUUCUGGCGCAUCAUCAUCAACCUCUUCUUCCGCGAGAUCCGCCCGCGCUCAGCAUGGCGCGUCCCGCGCGAAGGUCCCGUCAUCUUUGUCGCCGCCCCUCACCACAACCAGUUCCUCGACCCGCUCCUGCUCGCCUCCGAGGUGCGUCGUGCCUCCGGUCGCAGGGUCGCCUUCCUCAUCGCCGAAAAGAGCAUCAAGCGACGCUUCAUCGGCGCAGCAGCGCGCAUCAUGCAGUCCAUCCCCGUCGCAAGAGCCGCCGACAGCGCGAAGAAGGGCCAAGGCUACAUCUCGCUCCAUCCUUCGGGCGACUCGCUUCUGCUCCAGGGACACGGCACCGCCUUCAAGUCGCAACUGCAGCCCAAGGGUCAGAUCAUGCUUCCCAAGGCGUGCGGACACGCCACCGUGGAAGUUGUCGAGAUCAUCAGCGACACCGAGGUGAGGAUCAAGAAGGAGCUCAAGGAUGCCCGCGCCCUCGACAUGCUGCGCGGCAAAGUGCCGCAGCAGGACACCUCCAAGCACGACAAAAAGUCGAUCAAGGCCGCGGCCAAGGCGAUGGACAAGGUGGACCACGAUCUCAGCGACGGCGUCGGCUGCAAGUACUCUUGCCUCCCGUUUGUCGACCAGACCCAGAUGUAUGCCAAGGUGUACGAGAAGCUCGCCGAGGGCGGAUGCCUCGGCAUCUUCCCCGAGGGCGGCAGCCACGACCGCACCGAUUUGCUCCCGCUCAAGGCGGGUGUGGUCAUCAUGGCGCUAGGCGCCAUGUCGGCCAACCGCGAUCUGAACGUGCGCAUCGUGCCCGUUGGUCUGUCGUACUUCCACCCGCACAAGUUCCGCAGCCGUGCGGUGGUCGAAUUCGGCUCGCCCAUCGACGUGCCGCGCGAGCUUGUCGGCCUCUUCGACGAGGGCGGCGAGGGCAAGCGCAAGGCGGUCGGAGAGAUGAUGGACAUUGUCUACGACGGUCUCAAGGGCGUCACGCUGCGCGCGCCCGACUUUGAGACGCUCAUGGUGGUGCAGGCGGGUCGCCGCUUGUACCGCGCGCCGGGACAGUCGCUCAGCCUGGGCCAGACGGUGGAGCUGAACCGCAAAUUUAUCAUGGGCUAUCUGCAGUUCAAGGACGAGCCGCGCGUGGUCAAGCUGCGCCAGGAGGUGCUGCAGUACAACAAGAAGCUGCGCUACGCCGGUCUGCGCGACCACCAGGUGGAGCGCGCCACGCGUGCCGGAUGGCGCAGCCUGGGCCUGCUCGCCUAUCGCCUCGGCCUGCUGGGCCUGUGGGGCGGUCUGGCGCUGCCGGGUGCGGUGCUCAACUCGCCCAUCAUCAUCCUCGCCAAGAUCAUCAGUCACAAAAAGGCCAAGGAGGCGCUGGCGGCGUCGCAGGUCAAGGUGGCCGGACGCGACGUGCUGGCCACGUGGAAGGUGCUGGUGUCGCUCGGCGUUGCACCCAUCCUCUACUCGUUCUACGCCGCCAUGGCGACGGUGCUGGCGCACAAGUACGAGCUGUCGCCGCGCACGCGUGCGCUCAUGCCGCUCUACACGUUGGUGGUGCUGCCCACCAUGUCGUAUUCCGCGCUCAAGUUUGCCGAGGUGGGCAUCGACAUCUACAAAUCGCUGCCGCCGCUGUUUGUGUCGCUCAUCCCGGGCAACCACAAGACCAUCCUGGAUCUGCAGCAGACGCGCGCCAAGAUCAGCGCCGACAUGCAUGCGCUUAUCGAUGAACUCGCGCCGCAGGUGUGGGAUGACUUUGCGGAGAACCGGAUGCUGCCGAAUGCGGCGGCGCCGCCUGCGCCGGAGCGGGAUGCGCUGGUGUGGAAGCAGAAGAAUGCGAGCGGCGGCGCGAGCAACGAUGCGCUGAGCCAUCCGCUGCAGUGGAUGGACGAGCGGCUGUUCGGAUGGGGCCGCCGCCGUCGUUCGUCGACGCGGCGCUCGAUGACGGCGGAGGAGAUCAAGAAUCUGCGCGGCUCGAGCGUGGCGCGCGAGGGUGGCGCCAACGAGAGUGCGAUCGACGAGAGGGACGAGCAGCGCGACGAGGACGACGGCGAGGGAUCGUGGGGCGACGCGUCCGAGGGCUCGAGCUACACGGACAGCGACGCCGAGGACGAGGGCGACUACGAGGCGGUGUUUUCCAUGCUCAAUCCGCAGACGCUGAUGAACGGGCUGCGCGGCGGCGUGCUGAGUCCCGGUACGCCUGGGUCGGGUGGAGGACGUCGGAGCCGGACGCACUCUCGGUCGCGAAGCGGCAGCCGGGGCAGCGUGGGUGGGGUGGGCGAGACGUUUGCGGAGAAGCGCAACCGGAGCAACCAGGACCUGCGUGCGCUGAUGCGCGAAGGCGGCGCCAUGUCGCCGACGACGACGCGCGCGACGGGCAUCCUGGACGGGGCCGGAGCGGGCAGCCGCACGGGACGUACGUCUGCGCUUCCUGCGAGUCUGGCCACGACGAGCAUGAGCGGCAACGAGAGCGGUGGCGCGACGACGCGUCGCAACCGCACGCACUCGCUGUCGGAAGACGUGCACGUGGCCGAGCUCAAGAAUGCGGGACCGGCGGCCAAGAAGCUGCCGUUCACGGCGGCGUCGCAGGCGUUUGAGGCGCAGCACACGGGGAGCGCCAAGCAGGCCGGCGUGCUGCCGAAGCUGCAAGACAUGAAGAGCGCGGAAAACACGCCGCCGGCGACGCCCAAGCACGAGGCCCAAAAGACGCUCACGCCGUCCACCACGGCGACCAAGUCGGCGGAGGAGCAGCAGUGA